GAACGGGCCGGCGACGCCGGUGGACAUGGCGCUGGACUACUACAAGUUCGACUACGAGUUCGCGGAGCCGCCGUGCGUGACCAGCGUGCAGAACUGCGUUCCUCUCCCGACGUUCAGCGACUUCGGAGACGACGUCUACGACGUCGCCGACCAGCGGGGCUACGAGUCCGUCGUCUACAACCUCGCCGGCCAGUACCUCAAGACCGACAAGUCUGGCAAAAUCGUCGAUCCCCGGUUAAAGCUCAACAAGGUGGUUCGUGAGAUCUCCUACUCCCCGAAUGGGGUCACCGUGAAGACGGAGGACAACUCGGUCUACCAAGCAGACUAUGUCAUGGUUUCUGCAAGUUUAGGAGUCCUGCAGAGUGACCUCAUUCAGUUCAAGCCUCAGCUACCUGCAUGGAAGGUUGUGGCGAUCUACCAAUUCGACAUGGCCGUGUACACCAAGAUAUUCGUCAAGUUCCCCAAGAAGUUCUGGCCUGAAGGGAAAGGGAGGGAGUUCUUCCUCUAUGCGAGCAGCAGGAGAGGUUACUACGUAGUGUGGCAGGAGUUUGAGAAGCAGUACCCUGAUGCCAACGUCCUCCUUGUCACCGUGACUGACGAGGAGUCUAGGCGUAUUGAGCAGCAGUCGGACAACCAGACCAAGGCAGAGAUCAUGGAGGUGCUGAGGAAGGUGUUCCCUGGCAAGGACGUCCCUGAUGCGACCGACAUCCUUGUCCCGAGAUGGUGGUCCGACAGGUUCUACAAGGGCACCUUCUCCAACUGGCCAAUUGGUGUGAACCGCUACGAAUAUGACCAGCUCAGGGCGCCGGUUGGGAGGGUUUACUUCACUGGUGAGCACACAAGCGAGCACUACAAUGGCUAUGUCCAUGGCGCUUAUCUUGCAGGAAUUGACUCUGCAGAAAUUCUGAUCAACUGCGCCCAGAAGAUGUGCAAGUACCAUGUUGAGGGCAAGUAUUACUAG